GGGUUCGGCGGGCAUGGGGCCUGGCGUUGAGGAACGAGCGGCUCGCGAGGCUGCCGUCAUCGGCAAAGCGCCGCUGGUUGACAGGGCAGGAGGCCAGCAGCUCCGAGCUGGCCUUGUCUUGCUCGGCUGCAACGGCAAUACUUGGAGCAGGAGCAUUGAGGUCAUUGAAGCCUUCUUCAAGGCGUACGGCUACUGGCCCGACGUUGUGGCGCUGCAGGAGACGAGGCUCCCGCAUGAGCGCCUGCCCAGUGCGGCGUCUCAGGCCCAAGGGCUGGGGUACGCGGCCUUCCUACACGCGGCAGUGUUGACGGAGAAGCAGGGGCCCCUGGCGACCUCAGGCGGCGUGGCGAUCCUGGUGCGGGACGGCCUGCAAGCCGACGAGUCCGCGGCCCCGCUGCCCUCGGCUUUGCGGCACCGCCUCAUCGGAGUGGAGAUUGCCGCAGCUUCGGGCCUUCGGCUUCUGGUGCUCGCUGGUUAUUUUCAGCACUCUCUGGGCCCUCGAGGCACCAACCUCGACUUGUUUUCGGCCAUCUCGGAGGUGACGGGCUCCUAUGCAGACAUCCCGUGGGUCCUCCAAGCGGACUUCAACAUGGAGCCCGAGCCCCUGGAGGAGUUGGGGUGGCCCGCGGCAGUGCGGGGGCACGUCCUGGGGCCCUCGGAGGCGACGUGCCAUGCCGAGGGCUGUGACCACCUCUACGACUGGUUCGUGGCUUCUGCGGCGUUGGCGGCCUGCACGGCCUCCUGUGCCACCACGCUCGAGGGCUUUGGGCUGCACCCUCAUCGCCCUGUCCUACUUCGCCUACAGGAUGUUCGGGCAGAUGCGUUGGUUGAGGUGCCGUCCAGGCCCGCCCGCUUUCCCGAGGUAGCCCCUGAGCUCCUUCGGGCACAUGAGGACGCGGUGAUUGUGCGGUACUCGGUUGGCAAGAAGGGGCAGGUCACGUCCAGGGAGGUCUCGUGGUCCUGGGACGUGGGCUCUGCUCCGACCAACCUCUCCGUUGCCUUCGGCGAGUGGGCGGCAGCCGCAGAAGGCACCCUGGUCGGCAUCCACGGCAUCGGCCAGGCUGACCUGGCCCGUCAUCUCGGCAGAGGAGAGGGGCCGAGGCUGACCCUCAAGCCGCUCAGCGCCCUUGUCAGGCGGGAAGCCAGGUUCAGGUUCAGCCUCCUCACGCACCGCCUAAGGAGUUGUCUGGACGUGGCCCUCCAGCGAGUGCGCGCGGAGAGCACUGGCCGAUGGCACCCUCGGCAUGCGGUCUGGUACGAGCACCAGGCCGAGCUCAGGGCGCAGCUCUUGCUGGAGGCGGUGCAGGAGGCGGACGACUCGGUCGGUCAGGGCCUUCCUGGUGCUGCUCCUGAGCGGUUGGGCGACCUGGUGUACCAGGCGGGCGUCCUCGGCAGCCCUGAGGCAGUUCGGGACCUCCAAGGGCUGCUCAGUGCUUCGCAGCGCCGCGAUGCGGCUCAAAGCGCCCAGGCCUGGCGCAGCUGGGCCCAGACAGCGGUCGAGAAGGGCGGUCGCCUGGCCCACCGCUUCUCGAAGGCGACGCCCCCGCCGACGGUCAGGGACGCUGACUCGGGCAGGAGGCUUGUGGGUAUGGCAGCGAUUGGCGAACUCACGAGAGUCUGGCAGAAGCUGUGGCUCCAGGACGGGUUUGCCUCGGGCGCGGGGGCCAGCAGCUGGGACGUGGGCGAGUGGCAGCUGCCCCCCAUCUCGCUGGAGCAGCUCCAGGCAGCCUGCAAACGCUACAGCCCCUCGGUGGGCCUCGGGUGCGACUCCCUGCACCCUCGGCAGAUCCUCCUUCUUCCAGUGGCGCUGCAGCUGCGCAUCCUGGACAUCCUGGCGGCCUACGACGAGGCCCCAGCAUCGAUCCACGGGCAGGUCUCCCUGAUGGUGUUCAUUCCGAAGGCAGACGGUGGGGUAAGGUCUCGGAGCCUAUUUUCAUGUGACAUCAGCAAGUUCUACGAGCACGUGCGGCACGACGUUCUCUGGGCGAAUGCGGUACGUUUCGGGUUCAACCUCAGGCUGCUGCGCGGCCUCCUCACGUCCUACCAGGCCCCUAGGAUGAUCCUAGCGGCGGGCAUGGCCUCCCCCGCCUUCGGCACUUCGGGAACGGUGCUGGCUGGGUGUGCGUGUGCGACAGCAGUUGCGAAGCUCCCAGUACUGGGAGCCCUCCUGGCAGCGGGGGCGACGAGCCCGCUGGUCACGCCGAGGAAUGUUGUCGACGACAUUUCGCUCCAGGCGGUCGGCACGGCUCGGCUCGUGAAGCUGCAGAUGGUGGCCGCCAGUUGUGAAGUGGUCCGACAGCUGCGUGAGCAGCACCUCCCACUCAACGAGAGUAAGUCGGUCUUCCUGGCCUCGUCGCCGCAGCUCGCCAAGGAGCUCUCCGAGGCUUGGGCGGCGCAUGGCUUUACCUUCAAGAGGGGACUUCAGGCGAGGAACCUCGGCACCGACGCCAACAUCACUCGUCGUGGAGUUCAUGAAGGAGCUGUGCGUGCGGUCGGCGGCCUUCGCCGAGGACGCAGGCUAGGGGUGCUUCGCUCAGCUGGCGCGGCUACCGAGAUGGUCCAUCGUGCUGGGCCCACCGCGGCGAUGCUGUGGGGGCGCACUGUGACUGGUGUUCCUGAUAGGGAGCUGCAUUCGUGGCGCCUGGCGGCGGUGCGCUCAGCUGGGAAGUUCCCUAAGGGCGCCUCGCUCGGGUUGAGACUCAGAGUGGUGGAGGUCAUGAAGUCCAUCGACCUCGACCCGAGCCCCGCGCUGCUUCGUGCCGCGGUGCAGAUGGCGGCCAGUCUCCUCCAGUCGGGGGAGGUCCCGCUGCGUAUGUUCGAGUCGGCCGUGCAGGAGGCAGUGCAGAGGCACGCGGGAGCAGCAGCCCCCUGGGCGCACUGCCGCACGCCGGUGGAUGCCCUGGCCCUCUCGCUCUCCAGGGUGGGCUGGAGGCUUGUUCAAGGAGCCCGCCUCGCAACCGACGACGGCCAUCUCCUGGACCUGCGCAUGUUGGGGCCGCGCGAGCUGGGCCUGCUGGCUGCGGCAGGGGCACGGCGAGCGUCGGACAAGUCGGAGCUGGCCCGCCUCGGCCACGGUGCGCUCCCUCAGUCGCCCCUGUUCUGGGAGGCCUUCGCGGAGGUCCUCGGGCCUGGCAGCAAGCUCAGCCACAGGGAGAAGGCGGCGGUGGUGAGCUUCCUUUCCAACGCCCACUGGCCCCAGACCCGUCUGCACGCGGCGGGUGAGAGGGAGCACGCUCGCUGCUGUGCCUGUGAGGCCCCCCGCGGCAGCCUCUGGCACAGGCUGUUCGAGUGUCCUGUCCUGCGGGGGCCAGGCGUGACUCCACCUCUGACCGCCUUCGGCGCUGUGCGCAUCGUGCACGCGGUCGUGGCGAGGUCAGACGCCAUGGCAGUCAUGUGGUGCAAUCGCCCCGCCGACGGUCUUCUCGGGGGGCGGCUCUACCUGGAUGGGUCGGCGCUCGACCCCGAGCACGAGAGCCUGCGGCGUGCGGGAUGGAGCAUCGUGCAGUGCGACUCCGACGGCAACAUGGAGUGCGCGGUGUACGGCAGCGUGCGCCAGGACCUCUGCCCGUUCCAGACGGCGAAGGACGGCGAGGAUUUCGCGGUCUGGAUGCUGUCUCGCUUUCUGGGCCCGAGCGUUGACGAGAUCCUCAUCGAUUGUGCGUCCACGGUCAGCUGCCUCACGUUGGGUAAGAAGUACGCGACGGCAGCCAACAAGCCCAACGCCCACCUCUGGGAGGGGAUCUACGCGUCGCUGGACGUGGACACGCUCAAGGUGACCAAGGUGGCAGCCCACUGCACCGCCAGAGACGUGAUGGAUGGCAAGAUCACGGAGGCGGACCUCCGUGGCAACGGACAUGCAGACCGCUGGGCCAAGGCGGGGGCGGAGCUGCACCGUACCAGCCCAGUGGCCAGACGCGAGUUCUUUGGCACGAUGGAGGUGGUGAGGGAGCUCUCUUGCUGGGUGGCGCAAGCCUCCCUCAUCUGGCAGGGGAUCGAGGUCAAGGACUGCGAGGGCCUCCCCGAGGGCAGCGAGCGGGCGGCCGUCUCCUUCGCAGUGCCAGUGGUGGAGCCCGCCAGCAGCCGCCCGCCCGACUCGGGUUCGGGCGACGGGUGGGCAUCGGCGGCGCGCGCUGGUGGCGUCUCCCUCGGGGCGACGGCCUUCGUCGUCGUCGGCCACGUCCUGGCCUACGCCAAGUGCGGGGAGGGCGCAGCCGAGCAGGAGCUGAUGGCGUGCACCCACUGCGGGGCGUACGCGCGGCUGGGCGGGCGAUCAGGUGCGGCGCCCAAGCUCAAGGAGCAGUGCCCUGGGUCGGCUGGGCUUCCCAAGGGCAGGAGAGACCAGAAGGCGCGCUGGUUGCAGGGGCGGCACCCUGCUGGCACGCCCCACAGCGGCAGCAAGAGGGUCGGAGCGUCCGUGCCCAGCUUGCGCAAGGAGGACGUUGUGCCGAUGGCCGCCAGGGUGCGCUUCCUGGAGUGGCUGGGGGUCCGCCCCGAUGAUGCACCUGGCGGCGCGGCCGCCGACGCCGGCCGAGGGCCCCCCAGCGGCGCGGCGGCAGCAGGUGAGGCGGAGGCUGAGCCCCUGGCGCCUGACUCCUCAGAGACCUCGAGGGAGGCUUGGCUGAGCGCCUACGGGCUCGACGAAGCGAGCCUCCUUGAGUGGUCAGCCGCAGCAGAGACGGCGCGCGAAGACAGGGCUUACUGGUUGUGUGCUAAGCGUGGCUGCAACGCUUGGAAUUGGUGCGACAAGCGUUGGACGUGCAAGGCGUGUGGCACCAGUGCCCCCCCCUGGACGAAGGAGUACCGCUCCGACAAGGUCUCCCCUCGGGUGGACGCCGACGGGUUCGUGCAGCAGCCCAGGGGAAGAGCUGACCAGCGCGCUGCGAGGCGCUCCGCCUCCCAGCGGGCCCUCUCAGGGAGCACGGCACCCAGCAGCGCCCCCAACAGCAGGACACGGCGUGAGCGUUCCUGGGGAGAGGCCAAGUCUCAGCACGAUGAGCUCCAAGCGCAGCUCGUGGCGGCCAAGGAGCGGGUCGACAAGCUCCAGGCGGCCGCCGCGCUCGGGCUCUCGGAGGACUUCCAGCGAGAGGCGGAAAAGGCCCUCCAGCAGGGCAGGGACCAGGUCGCCGCCCUCGAGCAGUCGGCCCAGGAGGCCCAGCGGACGGGGCGCCCGCCCCACUCAGUCUUCCACAUCGAGGCCAACGCCAUCCAGAAGGUCGAGCGUCAGCUGGCCACUGCCCGCACCAAGAGGGAGAAGCUCCAGCUGCAGGCGGCUGAGCUGCGUGACCUCAUCGCGGAGAAGCAGGAGCAGCUGUCUGCGGCCGAGUUGGGAGUUGAUGAAGUCACUGGGCAGAUUGCUGAGCUGGAAGAGACCAAGGCCAAGGUCACGCAGCAGGCGAUCCAGAGGGCCAACGCGGCAGUCGGUGGUGUGCCGAGCCCGCUCGGGGACGCUGUCCAGGGGCUGCUCACUCAGGUUGGGGCCCUGUCGGACCUCCUCAAGCAGCACGGGGCUGAGCUGCCCCCCAGGUUCUCGGAGAUCGUCGACAUUCUCAACACGCAGAAGGAAGCGGUCGCUGACGUGCUCAGGCCCAGCAGCAGCUCGGCCAGGAAGCGCUGGGGCGACAGCGUUGGCGACGACGGCCUCGCGACUGAGGACGAUGACAUGCCGCUCGACAUCGUGUCCUCAGGUGGGCCCGUGGCCGCCCCCUCCCCUGGCGCCCCGCGGACGGGGCAGUCCGCGGCUGGGCCGCCCGCCCCGCGGGCCAGGUCUGCGGACGGACCCUACGGGCCCGCAGUGGCCCGUGGCCAGCACGGAGCGACUCUGGGUGCAUGGCCCCAGGUGGAGCCCUGCCUCGCCAAGGCCCUCGCCGAGCAAGGGGCGGCCAUCUCGGACGGCGACCCCUUGGCUGCCGUCAUCGGCAGGGCGCCGCUGGAUGACAGGGCAGGAGGCCAGCAGCUCCGAGCUGGCCUCGUCUUGCUCGGCUGCAAUGGCAAUACUUGGAGCAGGAGCAUUGAGGUCAUUGAAGCCUUCUUCAAGGCGUACGACUACUGGCCCGACGUUGUGGCGCUGCAGGAGACGAGGCUCCCGCACGAGCGCCUGCCCAGUGCGGCGGCUCAGGCCCGAGGCCUGGGGUACGCGGCCUUCCUACACGCUGCAGUGUUGACGGAGAAGCAGGGGCCCCUGGCGACCUCAGGCGGCGUGGCGAUCCUGGUGCGGGACGGCUUGCAGGCCGACGAGUCCGCGGCCCCGCUGCCCUCGGCAUUGCGGCACCGCCUCAUCGGAGUGGAGAUUGCCGCAGCAUCGGGCCUUCGGCUUCUGGUGCUCGCUGGUUAUUUUCAGCACUCUCUGGGCCCUCGAGGCACCAACCUCGACAUGUUUUCGGCCAUCUCGGAGGCGACGUGCCAUGCCGAGGGCUGUGACCACCUCUACGACUGGUUCGUGGCUUCUGCGGCGUUGGCUGCCUGCACGGCCUCCUGUGCCACCACGCUCGAGGGCUUUGGUCUGCACCCUCAUCGCCCUGUCCUACUUCGCCUACAGGAUGUUCGGGCAGAUGCGUUGGUUGAGGUUCCGUCCAGGCCCGCCCGCUUCCCUGAAGUAGCCCCUGAGCUCCUUCGGGCACACGAGGACGCGGAGAUUGUGCGUUACUCGGUUGGCAAGAAGGGGCAGGUCACGUCCAGGGAGGUCUCAUGGUCCUGGGACGUGGGCUCUGCUCCGACCAACCUCUCCGUUGCCUUCGGCGAGUGGGCGGCAGCUGCAGAAGGCACCCUGGUCGGCAUCCACGGCAUCGGCCAGGCUGACCUGGCCCGUCAUCUCGGCAGAGGAGAAGGACCGAGGCUGACCCUCAAGCCGCUCAGCGCCCUUGUCAGGCGGGACGCCAGGUUCAGGUUCAGCCUCCUCACGCACCGCCUAAGGAGUUGCCUGGACGUGGCCCUCCAGCGGGUGCGCGCGGAGAGCACUGGCCGAUGGCACCCUCGGCGUGCGGACUGGUACGGGCACCAGGCCGAGCUCAGGGCGCAGCUCUUGCUGGAGGCGGUGCAGGAGGCGGACGACUCGGUCGGUCAGGGUCUUCCUGGUGCGGCUCCUGAGCGGUUGGGCGACCUGGUGUACCAGGCGGGCGUCCUCGGCAGCCCUGAGGCAGUUCGGGACCUCCAAGGGCUGCUCAGUGCUUCGCAGCGCCGCGAUGCGGCUCAAAGCGCCCAGGCCUGGCGCAGCUGGGCCCAGACAGCGGUCGAGAAGGGCGGUCGCCUGGCCCACCGCUUCUCGAAGGCGACGCCCCCGCCGACGGUCAGGGACGCUGACUCGGGCAGGAGGCUUGUGGGCAUGGCAGCGAUUGGUGAACUCACGAGGGUCUGGCAGAAGCUGUGGCUCCAGGACGGGUUUGCCUCGGGCGCAGGGGCCAGCAGCUGGGACGUGGGCGAGUGGCAGCUGCCCCCCAUCUCGCUGGAGCAGCUCCAGGCAGCCUGCAAACGCUACAGCCCCUCGGUGGGCCUCGGGUGCGACUCCCUGCACCCUCGGCAGAUCCUCCUUCUGCCAGUGGCGCUGCAGCUGCGCAUCCUGGACAUCCUGGCGGCUUACGACGAGGCCCCUGCAUCGAUCCACGGGCAGGCCGCGAGCCUCUUCCUGGACAUCAGCAAGUUCUACGAGCACGUGCGGCACGACGUUCUCUGGGCGAAUGCGGUACGUUUCGGGUUCAACCUCAGGUUGCUGCGCGGCCUCCUCACGUCCUACCAGGCCCCUAGCCCGUUGGUCACGCCGAGGAAUGUUGUCGACGACAUUUCGCUCCAGGCGGUCGGCACGGCUCGGCUCGUGAAGCUGCAGAUGGUGGCCGCCAGUUGUGAAGUUGUCCGACAGCUGCGUGAGCAGCACCUCCCACUCAACGAGAGUAAGUCGGUCUUCCUGGCCUCGUCGCCGCAGCUCGCCAAGGAGCUCUCCGAGGCUUGGGCGGUGCAUGGCUUUACCUUCAAGAGGGGCCUUCAGGCGAGGAACCUCGGCACCGACGCCAACAUCACUCGUCGUGGAGUUCAUGAAGGAGCUGUGCGUGCGGUCGGCGGCCUUCGCCGAGGACGCAGGCUAGGGGUGCUUCGCUCAGCUGGCGCGGCUACCGAGAUGGUCCAUCGUGCUGGGCCCACCGCGGCGAUGCUGUGGGGGCGCACUGUGACUGGUGUUCCUGAUAGGGAGCUGCAUUCGUGGCGCCUGGCGGCGGUGUGCUCAGCUGGGAAGUUCCCUAAGGGCGCCUCGCUCGGGUUGAGACUCAGAGUGGUGGAGGUCAUGAAGUCCAUCGACCUCGACCCGAGCCCCGCGCUGCUCCGUGCCGCGGUGCAGAUGGCGGCCAGUCUCCUCCAGUCGGGGGAGGUCCCGCUGCGUAUGUUCGAGUCGGCUGUGCAGGAGGCAGUGCAGAGGCACGCGGGAGCAGCAGCCCCAUGGGCGCACUGCCGCACGCCGGUGGAUGCCUUGGCCCUCUCGCUCUCCAGGGUGGGCUGGAGGCUUGUUCAAGGAGCCCGCCUCGCAACCGACGACGGCCAUCUCCUGGACCUGCGCAUGUUGGGGCCGCGCGAGCUGGGCCUGCUGGCUGCGGCAGGGGCACGGCGAGCGUCGGACAAGUCGGAGCUGGCCCGCCUCGGCCACGGUGCGCUCCCUCAGUCGACCCUGUUCUGGGAGGCCUUCGCGGAGGUCCUCGGGCCUGGCAGCAAGCUCAGCCACAGGGAGAAGGCGGCGGUGGUGAGCUUCCUCUCCAACGCCCACUGGCCCCAGACCCGUCUGCACGCGGCGGGUGAGAGGGAGCACGCUCGCUGCUGUGCCUGUGAGGCCCCCCGCGGCAGCCUCUGGCACAGGCUGUUCGAGUGUCCUGUCCUUGCGGGGGCCAGGUCAGACGCCAUGGCAGUCAUGUGGUGCAAUCGCCCCGCCGACGGUCUUCUCGGGGGGCGGCUCUACCUGGAUGGGUCGGCGCUCGACCCCGAGCACGAGAGCCUGCGGCGUGCGGGAUGGAGCAUCGUGCAGUGCGACUCCGACGGCAACAUGGAGUGCGCGGUGUACGGCAGCGUGCGCCAGGACCUCUGCCCGUUCCAGACGGCGAAGGACGGCGAGGAUUUCGCGGUCUGGAUGCUGUCUCGCUUUCUGGGCCCGAGCGUUGACGAGAUCCUCAUCGAUUGUGCGUCCACGGUCAGCUGCCUCACGUUGGGUAAGAAGUACGCGACGGCAGCCAACAAGCCCAACGCCCACCUCUGGGAGGGGAUCUACGCGUCGCUGGACGUGGACACGCUCAAGGUGACCAAGGUGGCAGCCCACUGCACCGCCAGAGACGUGAUGGAUGGCAAGAUCACGGAGGCGGACCUCCGUGGCAACGGACAUGCAGACCGCUGGGCCAAGGCGGGGGCGGAGCUCCACCGUACCAGCCCAGUGGCCAGGCGCGAGUUCUUUGGCACGAUGGAGGUGGUGAGGGAGCUCUCUUGCUGGGUGGCGCAAGCCUCCCUCAUCUGGCAGGGGAUCGAGGUCAAGGACUGCGAGGGCCUCCCCGAGGGCAGCGAGCGGGCGGCCGUCUCCUUCGCAGUGCCAGUGGUGGAGCCCGCCAGCAGCCGCCCGCCCGACUCGGGUUCGGGCGACGGGUGGGCGUCGGCGGCGCGCGCUGGUGGCGUCUCCCUCGGGGCGACGGCCUUCGUCGUCGUCGGCCACGUCCUGGCCUACGCCAAGUGCGGGGAGGGCGCCGCCGAGCAGGAGCUGAUGGCGUGCACCCACUGCGGGGCGUACGCGCGGCUGGGCGGGCGCUCAGGUGCGGCGCCCAAGCUCAAGGAGCAGUGCCCAGGGUCGGCUGGGCUUCCCAAAGGCAGGAGAGACCAGAAGGCGCGCUGGUUGCAGGGGCGGCACCCUGCUGGCACGCCCCACAGCGGCAGCAAGAGGGUCGGAGCGUCUGUGCCCAGCUUGCGCAAGGAGGACGUGGUGCCGAUGGCCGCCAGGGUGCGCUUCCUGGAGUGGCUGGGUGUCCGCCCCGAUGAUGCACCUGGCGGCGUGGCCGCCGACGCCGGCCGGGGGCCCCCCAGCGGCGCGGCGGCCGCAGGUGAGGCGGAGGCUGAGCCUUUGGCGCCUGACUCCUCGGGGGCCUCGAGGGAGGCUUGGCUUUCCGCCUACGGGCUCGACGAAGCGAGCCUCCUCGAGUGGUCAGCCGCAGCAGAGGCGGCGCGCGAAGACAGGCGCAAGAGGCGCCGUCGCGCUGAAGGUGACGAAGGGGAGUGA